AUGCGGGGCGGCGGGGCGGCGGCCGCCGGCGGCCUUCUCCUCCCGCGGGGGGCCCUGAUCCUGCUCGGUAUCUGCAAUGCUUUUUCCCUGGAUAUUAAAGCCAGUUCUAAAGUGCGAGCUUUCGUUGGUGAAAAAGUACUGCUGUCGUGCACGUUCAAAUCCAUUUCUCCCAUCACUGAGAGUCUGACAGUGGACUGGACGUACCGGCCCCUCACAGGCGGUCACAUGGAGACAAUUUUUCAUUAUCAGUCGGUUGCCUACCCAACAACAGUGGGAAAGUUCAAAGACAGGAUAUCCUGGGUUGGGAAUGUUGCCAAGGGUGAUGCUUCCAUCGCUAUCCAAAGCCCUGUGAUGAGCGACAAUGGGACGUUCAUCUGCAGUGUGAAGAAUCCUCCAGAUGUGUACCACAACAUUCCCCAGAUAGUGCUGAUAGUUACGGAGAGGGGCUUUUCCUUCCAGCUGACUUCAGCGGUGCUGCUGUCCAUUUUAGUAUUUCUCCCUUCCAUCAUUGUGGUCAUUCUGAUGUUGGUGAGGUUGGGAAGGAAAUCUGGACUGCUAAAGGAGAAAAAAAAAUCUGGCUGCAAGAAAUCCUCUAUUGAAGUGUCUGAUGAGUCUGAACACACAGACACCUGCUCAGGGAGACUGAAAGCCUGGUGUUUGAACUGUGUGGACACAGAUGAGGAAGAGCCAUACUGA